UGGAAUGUAACGACGCCGCGUAGUUCGUGGCUUUUUUUGCAUGACAGAAAUCUUAUCGUUCGGCUGGUUUGGCAGUGAAAUAAGAUUUGCGAAUGGAUUCGUGAAUUCGUUGUACGACAGUCAACACAAUGAGUUAUCAUCGAGGAAGUGGUAACAAGCCGAAAGGCUUCGGCUUCAGUGGCUUCCAAAUGUCUGGAACAAAAAGAAGUGGCACAAACAUACCUCCACCUCCACCAAAUUCUACUCUGAGUAAACAAGGCUAUCACACGAUGAAUGCCAUUACGGAAAAUGCCUUGUCUGCAUGUUGGGGCAUGCCUAAGAAGCGCAGCAAGACCGAGGAAGAAUACUUUGAAGACGAUGACGAACCUCCAACUUCAUCGUUGGAAUAUAUACCCGCGCCUGGUUCUCCCACAUAUGACUUGAUGAAGAAAUCAGCAACGAAGGAUAACAGUGAUAGUGAGGAGGAUACUUUGGAUGCUUUCAUGGCAGGUAUUGAUGCAGAAGUGAAGCGAAACAAUUACGCGGCUCAGCGUGGUGAUAAUCGUAAAGAAGAUAAAUCUAAAGGAUUUCGGGCAGAUAUUGAUGGAGAAGACGAUGAGGAAAGUUACUACAGGUAUAUGGAAGAAAAUCCAACUGCUGGUUUGCAACAAGAAGAAUCCGAUCAAGAGAUUGAAUACGAUGAAGACGGAAAUCCUAUUGCGCCACCGAAGAAGAAGGAGAUCGAUCCAUUACCUGCAAUUGAUCAUAGUGAAAUAGAAUAUGAAUCAUUCGAGAAGAACUUUUACAACGUGCACGAAGAAAUUGCAAGUUUAAGCAAACAGCAGAUCGAUGAUUUAAAAAAGACUCUGGGUAUAAAAGUAUCCGGACCAUCUCCGCCAAAUCCGGUAACGAGUUUCGCUCAUUUCGGCUUUGACGAUGCUUUGAUUAAAGCUAUCCGUAAAAACGAGUAUACACAGCCUACGCCUAUUCAGGCACAGGCGAUUCCUGCAGCCUUAAGUGGGCGGGAUAUAAUAGGUAUAGCAAAAACUGGUAGCGGUAAAACAGCAGCAUUUAUUUGGCCGAUGUUAGUGCACAUUAUGGAUCAACGUGAAUUGAAAGCUGGAGAUGGCCCGAUUGGUUUGAUUUUGGCGCCAACGAGAGAAUUGUCUCAACAGAUUUAUCAAGAAGCAAAGAAAUUUGGAAAGGUUUACAAUAUUCAAGUAUGUUGUUGUUAUGGAGGUGGCAGCAAGUGGGAACAGAGCAAAGCAUUAGAAAGCGGUGCAGAGAUUGUAGUCGCUACUCCUGGUAGAAUGAUCGAUCUAGUUAAAAUGAAAGCAACGAAUUUAACUAGAGUUACAUUUCUAGUUCUGGAUGAAGCUGAUAGAAUGUUCGACAUGGGGUUUGAACCACAAGUACGAUCUAUAUGUAAUCAUGUGAGACCUGACAGACAAACAUUACUAUUUAGCGCAACAUUCAAAAAGAAAGUGGAGAAGCUCGCUAGAGAUGUUUUAAUAGAUCCCAUUAGGAUAGUACAAGGAGAUGUUGGUGAAGCUAACACUGAUGUAACGCAACAUGUUAUCAUGUUCCAUAACAAUCCUAGUGGUAAAUGGAACUGGCUGUUACAGAACUUAGUUGAAUUUCUAAGUGCUGGCAGUCUUUUGAUCUUUGUCACUAAGAAGCUGAACGCGGAAGAACUUGCCAACAAUCUCAAACUGAAAGAGUUUGAAGUAUUGCUUUUGCAUGGUGAUAUGGAUCAGAUUGAGAGAAAUAAAGUGAUUACGGCUUUUAAGAAGAAGGAAGUCAGUACCUUGGUUGCUACUGAUGUAGCCGCACGAGGCUUGGACAUUCCACAUAUCAAAACUGUCGUAAAUUAUGACGUAGCGCGAGAUAUCGACACACAUACACACAGAAUAGGAAGAACAGGACGAGCCGGUGAAAAAGGUACAGCAUAUACUCUUGUGACGGAAAAGGAUAAGGAAUUCGCUGGACAUUUAGUGAGAAAUUUGGAGGGAGCAAAUCAGGAAGUGCCAAAGAGCUUGAUAGAUCUGGCUAUGCAAAGCGCAUGGUUCAGAAAAUCAAGAUUCAAAGGUGGAAAAGGAAAGAGUUUAAAUGUUGGUGGAGCAGGACUUGGUUUCAGAGGCAGACCCAAUUCGUCAAAUUCGAGUGGAUCGACAUCGCAGGCAUCCAAGGAUAUUAGCGAGGUAGUUAAAAAAUUGGAAAGACAUGGACCUGGUAGCGACAGACUCUCUGCUAUGAAAGCUGCUUUUCGAAGUCAAUAUAAUUCUCAGUUCCGAGCGUCAUCAGAUCACACUUGGGAACAGACGAUCACUCCACCUUCCGUGAUAAUGCCGCCUCCACCAACUGUUCCACCACCAAAACCUGCAACCGAAGAUAACCAAGCUUCCAAUUCCUCGGGACCGGAACGUAAAAGAGUGCGAAAAAGUCGAUGGGAAUGAUCAAGUUAGUGUAUUAUUAUUUGUGCAUAUUAUAUAGCAGGUAUAUACGUUAUAUUAUAACAAAACGAUAAUGAACUGAGAAACUU